AAAACUUCCAUCAAAAAAAAAAAAAACUACCGAGUCAGUUUGAGAUCUGGAUAUGCUUUCUAGUGUCACUCAAUCCGGCGUCGCGUGAGUCAGAACCGACAGUUGAACAUCAGUCUCCGCUCCUUGCGUGACGGAUUGUAUUUCACCAUGUCGAGUGUGACGUUACAGAAAAGCUGUUUUCGGGGUCUGGCCGAAGGCGAUCUCAUGGACCCCGAGUUCCAGCAACGUGUAGAGGAUGCAAUUGUCAUUCUCCGGCAGGAGAUCCAGCGGGAACUGAAGAUCAAAGAGGCAGCUGAGCGGCUGCGACGGGCGGUGAGCAACCGCAAGAAUGCGGCCGAUGUCGAUGGUCAGCUUAGAGCCUCCAGUCGGAAGCUGGAACAGCUCCACUGGGAGCUCCAGGAACUGAACGCUCGUGCUAUGGCCACACAGAAAGAGACUGUGACAGAUGAUGCCACCUCUCCAGACCCCUGCCAUUGGGAAGAGGCCGCAUCACCACUGGUCAGCCGUGUCCAUACCUUAAAGAAACAGCUUACCAUGGAGCUCAAAGUGAAACAAGGAGCUGAAAACAUCAUCCAGACUUAUACCAACAGUUCUGUCAAGGACCGAAAGUUGUUGUCCACAGCCCAGCAGAUGCUGCAGGAUAGCAGGACGAAAAUCGAGCUGAUCCGCAUGCAGAUCGUCAAAGUCACCCAGACCAGAGAGGGAGAGCGAGAGACCACACAGCCAGAGGGUCGCCCCUCUGAGACAAUUAGUCCUCUUGAGCUGCGGGUGGAGGAGCUCAGGCACCAUCUGAGGAUUGAAGCAGCUGUAGCAGAAGGUGCCAAAAAUGUGGUAAAGCAGCUCAGUGUACGCAAAGUGCAGGACAGGCGUGCUUUAGCGGAGGCUCAAGCCCGUUUGCAGGAGUCCUCUCAGAAACUGGAUCUGUUGCGUGUGUCACUGGAGCAGCGGCUUGGAGAACUUCCACACGACCAUCCCAAACGAGCUGCCAUUAAAGAGGAGCUGACAGUGGGCUCCUCGCCUGUCAUUGGGUUGCAGAGAGAUCGCUUGCGCUCUUCAUCUUCAGCAUCUUCUUCUUUCUUCAAACCAGCUAGCCUGACAGGGCGACUGGAGGUCAGGCUGAUGGGUUGUCAGGACCUUCUGGAGUCAGUUCCAGGCCGCUGUCGGGUGAGCAACAUCUCCUCUGCCCCUGGGAGCCCCUCUGAGUCCAAAUCACUGAGAAUGAGAACCGGACUUUCCACCCGCAGCACCAACGGCAAGACCACCAAGACAGAUGAGCUCUCCUCUGAAAUCAGCGCUUUAUUGAAAGUGGAUAACAAGAUAGUUGGUCGUACACAUUGGCGGCCUCUGAGUAAAGAGGCCUGGGAUCAAAGCUUCACCAUUGAGCUCGAGCGGUCUCGUGAGUUGGAGAUUGCAGUGUACUGGCAAGACUGGAGAUCUCUGUGUGCCGUGAAGUUCCUGCGUUUAGAAGACUUCCUAGACAACCAGCGCCACGGCAUGUGCCUUUACUUAGAGCCACAGGGCACGCUGUUCACAGAGGUGAGAUUCAUCAACCCUGUCAUCGAGCGGCAUCCUAAACUACAGAGACAAAAACGGAUUUUCCCAAAAGAAAAAGGAAAGAAUUUCCUGCGGGCAGCACAGAUGAAUAUAAAUUUUGCCACAUGGGGGCGUCUGAUGAUGAGCGUGCUGCCUCCCUGCAACAGCACUGUCACCGCCCUGAGCCCUCCGCUGCCAGGCUCCGAGCCCAUGUCCCCUCCAUCUGUGUCCACACCCCCUUCCUCUGGAGACUCGACUGUUGUUAAACUGAAUUUCAGUGAGGACCGUCCCGCCAAGCCCCUACGCCUUCUCUUGGCAAAGACCCCCACGACUGACACAUCACUUUCUACUCCCGCCAGAGGGAAUUCCUUUGAGGACCAGGUUCUUAAAGGCAGGUCUGUGGCCCAGCCUACACCUCAGAGGAAAGAGGGAAUGCAGAUGGAAGACUUCAACUGCAUUUCUGUUUUAGGAAGAGGGCACUUUGGAAAGGUCCUGCUGGCUGAAUUCAAGAGGACUGGGAAACUGUAUGCCAUCAAAGCCCUAAAGAAAGGGGAUGUUGUGACCCGGGAUGAAGUAGACAGCUUAAUGUGUGAAAAGAGAAUUUUUGAGACCAUUAAUGCAUCCCGCCAUCCCUUCCUGGUGAACCUGUAUGGGUGCUUCCAGACGCCUGACCAUGUGUGCUUUGUGAUGGAGUAUUCACCUGGAGGAGACCUGAUGACCCACAUCCACAGCAGCAUCUUCUCUGAACGACAGUCUAGGUUUUAUAGUGCCUGUGUAUUACUGGGCCUGGAGUUUCUGCACCAGAACAAAAUUGUGUAUAGGGACCUAAAGCUUGACAAUCUGUUGCUGGAUUCUGAUGGCUUUGUGAGAAUUGCAGAUUUUGGACUCUGUAAAGAAGGUAUGGGACAUGGUGAUCGUACAUCAACCUUUUGUGGCACCCCAGAGUUCCUGGCCCCAGAGGUUUUGACAGACAACAAUUAUACCCGUGCAGUGGACUGGUGGGGUCUGGGUGUGCUCAUCUAUGAGAUGCUAGUGGGAGAGUCUCCGUUCCCUGGUGAUAAUGAGGAGGAGGUGUUUGACAGCAUAGUGAAUGAUGAAGUGUGUUACCCAAGGUUUUUGUCCCCUGAGUCAGUCUCUAUUAUCCAAAAGUUGCUGCAAAAGAACCCUGAAAGAAGACUAGGAGCAGGAGAGCAAGAUGCCAUUGAAGUGAAGAGACACAGGUUCUUCCAGGGCAUAGACUGGGAAGCACUGUUGGCCAAAAGAGUCAAACCUCCUUUCCUGCCGUCAAUUAAAGCCCCGGCGGAUGUCAGUAACUUUGACGAGGAGUUCACACGCCUGAAGCCCAUCCUGACCCCUCCGCAGAAGCAGUUCUUCCUCACGGCUGAGCAGCAGGAGUUCUUUGCAGACUUUGACUUCUCGGCGCUGCACUGACUUCCACUUGAUUACACCUGGAGGGGUUGUGGCAUCUCAAAUCUCUACCCUCUUUUCACUCACUCUGUCUUCUUUAUCCAAUUACUCUCUCCCUGCAGUUAUGCAGUCAAGUCAAAUAAAGCUGGUCCCAUGUUAAGCUGCUGUACGCUUUUUGUGAAACUGGCUGCAAAUGUGUGCUUGAGCUCCAAAGACAGUCCAGACCAUCGCUGGAUUUUAAAACCAACAAAAAUCAUGUGAUCAGCCAUGGCCAGAACACAGCGACCGUCUCUGAGCAUGAGAGGGUUCAGUAUCAACUGUGAGUAGACUCAGUUCAUGCCAAGCUUUUGACUGUGGUCCUGGGUUUGUGUGUCAGUUAAAUGUACAAAUUGUUAUUUUUUGGAACUUGUCUUUUAGACCCCAGACCCAUCAUCUGCAAAAAUGUAAUGUUUUUGUUUUCAGUCAAAAACUGUUUAAAUGUUACAAUGAACUACGAUGCCAAAAUGUACUUGAACUGUUACUGAACAGGUAUUGAUUGUGUCAGACUAAGACAGGGGGCCAAAUGCUGGGUAACACUUUACAAAACGGUUCUAUUCAUUAACAUUAGUUAAUGCAUUAGGUAUCAUGAACUAACAAUGAUCAAUAUAUUUUUACAUCAUUUAUUGAUCUUGAUUAACAUUAAUUAAUAAAAAUACUAUUUUUAAUUGUUUAUAACUAAUGUAACUAAUGGUAAACAUUUAAUGUAAUAGUAUAUGUAGAAAUGAACUUUAACCAAGAUUAAUAAAUGCUGUAAAAGUAUUAUUCAUUGUUAGUUCAUGUUAAAUACUGUGUGAACUGAUUUUAAUGGAUACAGCCUUAUUGUAAAGUUUCACCGAAUGCAGUUUUCUUCUAGCUUGGUUUUUAAGGAUUUCUGAUGUGCUGAUCUGAAUGAUAAAUACGGCUAGAGAAUCUUAAGCUCCUUAUGUUCCACACUGUAACUAUUGGAGUGUGCGCUCGUAGUGUUAGAUCAUAUAAAUUCUUCCAUGCUCAGUCUAUGUGAUGUAUGUUUAUGUUAAACCUUCACAUUUGUGUGUAACUUGGAGAAUUUUGAUCUCUGGUUGUCCCUAAUCUGGGUUUGACAUAACAUUGGUGUCCCAGAUAAACGUUGCUUGAUGACUUUUGAACCAGUUCACCCAUUUCAAAUCCAGCUCUUUUAGUCUUGAGAGUGUUCAGCUGCAAAUGGCAACCUGUGCACUAUGCUCUGUCCUGCCUUUCUCUUUAUAGCUCUCCGCUGGACAAAUGUGCAUUAAGUUCAAGACUAUUUAAUAAGGCUAACCAUAUUCUACUCUGUGUCUUAGCAUAUUAAGGUUAGCACAUUCACUCACUAAGCCGAUAUUUAAACAGUCAAACUGUUUUUGCUCUCUGAAAUUGACUUGACGGUGAUCAUUCAUAAAAGUGAAUGUGGUUUACUAAUAAUUUACACUGUGAACAAAAAAGACACUAAAAUAUUUAAAUGAAACUUGCUAUUUCUAUGAGCCACAUGAAGGACAAUUACAUAUAAAAGUAAAUGUAACUGAAGGAAUGAAUGUAUUUUCAGAAAUAAAAUACAGUGUGACCA